AAACCAAACAAGAGAAACUCUGAUUUUCUUGAUUUUGAAUAUGUCUCUACUCUCAGAUCUAACAAACCUUAAUCUCUCAGAAACCACCGAGAAGAUCAUCGCUGAAUACAUAUGGAUCGGUGGAUCUGGUAUAGACUUGAGGAGUAAAGCAAGGACUCUCCCUGGACCUGUAGAUGAUCCUUCUAAGCUUCCCAAGUGGACCUAUGACGGUUCCAGCUGUGGUCAAGCUUCUGGAGAAGAUAGUGAAGUGGUCAUACAUCCUCAAGCAAUUUUCAAAGAUCCAUUCAGAAGGGGCAACAAUAUCCUGGUUAUGUGUGAUACUUAUGCUCCAUCUGGAGAACCCCUUGCCAGCAACAAAAGACAUGCAGCUGAAAAGAUAUUUAGCCACCCAGAUGUUGCUGCUGAAGAACCAUGGUAUGGUAUUGAGCAAGAAUACACCUUGAUGCAAAAAGAUGUUCCAUGGCCUUAUGGAUGGCCCAGUGGUGGUUUUCCUGGACCUCAGGGACCAUACUACUGUGGUAUCGGUGCUGACAAGGCUUUCGGGCGUGACAUCGUCGACGCACAUUACAAAGCAUGUCUUUAUGCUGGCAUUACCAUAAGUGGCGUUAACGCAGAAGUUAUGCCUGGCCAGUGGGAGUUUCAAGUUGGUCCAGCUCUAGGAAUCUCUGCAGGUGAUGAGAUUUGGGUCGCUCGAUAUCUUCUGGAGAGGAUCACCGAGAUUGCAGGAGCUGUUUUGUCUUUGGAUCCUAAACCAGUGAAGGGUGAUUGGAAUGGUGCUGGUGCUCACACGAACUACAGCACGAAAUCGAUGAGGGAAGACGGUGGAUAUGAAGUGAUUAAGAAUGCGAUUUCGAACUUGGAGAAGAAACACAAAGAGCAUAUUUGUGCUUAUGGAGAAGGCAAUGAGCGACGUUUGACUGGAAAACAUGAAACUGCUGACAUCAACACGUUCAAAUGGGGUGUUGCGAACCGUGGUGCUUCUGUUAGGGUAGGAAGGGACACUGAGAAAGCAGGGAAGGGUUACUUUGAGGACAGAAGGCCUGCUUCUAACAUGGAUCCGUAUAUUGUUACUUCCAUGAUUGCAGAGACAACCAUUCUCUGGAAACCAUGAACAGCUUUGGAUUUGGAGUAAUCAUCAUCACAUUUGGAUCUAGUUGUUUCUUCUUAAUUAUUAUGGUAUUGUUAGUACUAAGAUGUGGACUUUUGUUUAUAUCAGUUUGUUUGUUUAGAAUUUGUGUGUGAAGUCUUGUUUUGAUUCGAAUGAUGUUUAAGGAAGGCCUUGUUUCCUUGUGGUUUUGACUAGUUUGAACGAGUGGUUUGUUUUACCAUGUUGCUACUUGUCAUGUUAAGUUUAUAUGAAUUAAGCUUCUCAUAAAAUAGGCCUUGCUUGCUUGUAAUAAAAUAGGCUUUUAGUUGGCUAAUAAGCCAAAUAGACAUUU